GGUAAUAUCAGAGGAAAAAGAAGAAAAGCAGGAUGGAAGCAAAAAUAAUCAUCCACAGAGCAUUUCACAGAAUCGUAAAAAGAAGGAUCUUGGGUAUUCAUCUGAGGCUUCUAAUCAAAAAGGAAAAAAUACAGUGAAUGAACAAGUCGAAGGGUUUUCUGAGAAACAUUGCCAGUUGAAGUCCACUCAGCAUGCUAUUAAGAUGGAAGCUUCCCAUGGCAAGAAAGCAGUAAAACAGAAGAAUGUGCAACUGUCCAGAUCAGUAGAGCCAGCCUUGCAGAUGUCAUCAGAUGAAGAGAAAGAAAGUCAUGAAGGAAAUAAAAAUAAACAGUCACAGGUUAAAAAACAAAGGAAGAAGUGUGAAGCUAAUGAGAUAGAAGUAUCUAAAUACCUCUGUGAUUUUGCAACUGAUGACAGUGAUGAUGAUGGAUUUACUCAAAAAAGAAAGGCUGGAGAAACCUACAAUCAGCAGUUUUCUAGGAAGGAGAAUGAAAAGUGGGACAGGCCUACAAAGAGAACAUCUAAGAACAAGAACAAGGUGAAAAAACAAAUACACACUAUGGAUGACCAUGAUGACUUAACCUGGUCAUCUGAGGGAGCCUCAGAGGAUUAUGAGUUGCCUUCCGUUAAUUAUAAGAAUUUGACAUUUCUUGCUAAACAACAUGGAAAGCACUAUAAAGAUAAUAUCAAAGCACUGGAAACUAUGAUUAUUUUUCUAAAAAUGAAGCUAUCUAAAACGAAAGGAAUAAACUUACAGUUAUACCAUCAAAGAUGUGAAUGGGAGCAAAAACUCCACAGUUUGAGUAUUGUCAAAGGCGUGAACAUGAAAGAGAUCUCCUGAACAAAGAAAUUGUCAGACUAAGAUUGAAAGUAGAAAGAAUGAAAAUGAACAAUGAGGAGAUAGACAAGAAACACUUGCAGGACUUGGAAAUCAUCAAAGACAAGACUGAUGAUCUUCAAAAUGUUGUAAAGCUCAGUGAAGAAAGGUUAAUGAAAGUAACAGCCCAGUAUAGUGGCCAGCUCAACAUACUACGAGAGGAGAAUAAAGUGCUACAAGCCAAACUGAAGGAAGUGAAAGAAAACCAGGAAAAACUAGAAGCAGAACUUGAAUCCCACCGUCUCAGACUGGCAGAUGCUAACAGUGAGCGUCACCAAAGUCAGGUCUCCCAAAGAGACCUUGCCUUCAUUGUCCAGAGAACAAAAGAAGAAUGGUCUGGUACACUGGAAUAUAUGAACUCUCGUGCUGAAACCCUUUUCCAACAACUUUGUGAUGCAGAAGAGAAAUUCAGUUGCCUGCAAGCUGA